CUACGGCACUAUCUGCAUCACGCUCAGGCCAACCCACGAGAGCGAAUCCGAGUAUCCGACCUCCCCAUAGCAGUGGAGCACAGCACAGCGAUGGAGGUGACCCUCCGCCGCUUCGACCUCUCAGACGUCGACGCCAUGAUGUCCUGGGCUUCGGACCCGGAGGUCGCCGCCUUCUGCCGCUGGGAGCCCUACUCCUCCACGGAAUCUCUCCUCGCCUACCUCCGGGACACCGUGCUCCCUCACCCGUGGUACCGCGCCAUCUGCGUCGGCUCCGGCGCCGGCAACGACCGCCCCGUGGGCCUGGUCUCCCUGGCUCCGUCCCCGGAGGAGCGCUGCCGCGGGGAGCUCGGCUACUUGGUGGCCCGCGCGCACUGGGGCAAGGGCGUGGCCACGGCCGCCGUCAAACGCGCGCUGGGCGUGGUGUUCGGCGAGGUGGAGGAGCUUGCGCGCGUGGAGGCGCUCGUGGACGUGGACAACGCGGCGUCGCAGCGCGUGGCGGAGAAGGCCGGGUUCCGGCGCGAGGGCGUGCUCCGGCGCCACUACUGGCACAAGGGCCGCGCCAGGGACCUCGUCAUGUACAGCUUCAUCUCGAACGGCGCUCGUGCGGAAGAAGGCUCGGAGAUGGAGGAGCGAGGAGCGCCUGCCGUGAGCCUGCCGGGGCGCGGAGAGAAGGUGGUGGCACUCCGGCCGUUCGACCUUGGCGACUUCGACGCCGAGCUGACGUGGGCAUCGGACCCCGUGGCCGCGGCCCCCAUGCCGCGGGCGUGGGAUCCUUGCCCGUCCCGUGAAUCCCUGCUCGCGUUCCUCUGGCUCUGGGACAGCCCGCUGCGGCGGCCCUGGGUCCGCGCCAUCUGCAUCGGCCCCGGCGCCGGCGUGGCGGGAGCGGUGGCCGUGACGCGGACGGACGACCGGUGCCGGGCGGAGAUCGGGGUCGUCCUGGCGCGCGCGCACUCGAGCGUGACUGUGGCCGCGGCGGCCAUGAGGCGGGCGGUGGCGGCGUUCUUCGGCGACGGCGGGCUGGAGGGCGUGGAGCGCGUGGAGGCGGUCGUCGACGCCGGCGGCGGCGAUGGCGCGCCCCGGCGCGCGCUGGAGGAGGCCGGGUUCCGCCGCGAGGCCGUGCUGCGGAGCUACCGCGCCGUCGAGGGCCAGCCCAGGGACAUGGCCAUCUACAGCUUCAUCUCCACCGAUCCACUCCUCGACUGAUGUUGUCUUCCUUUUCCCCUUCCGAAAAAGACUCCUGAUUUUCACUCACAUAUAACUCGCAUAUUGGCUGUUGAGAUCACCAAUUUCGCCUUCUAUCCUCAAAAUUGGCAAGCACCUGCUCUCUCAGAGCAUCACGCUAGCCGGUUCUCGACGCGAAAAAGACCUAACUCACUUGCACCGAGGGAGAAAUCGCCGGAAGCAAAUUGAGGACCAUCACUUGCACCGCAUUCGGCUGCCGUCGCACUAACAUAAAGGGAAACAUCGUGUCCCAAAGUUUUACUUUUUCUUUUUUCUUGUCAUCAAAGACUGUCUUUUGUGUUAGAAACGUGCUAGUAACUUUUAGACAUAGAAGAGAAAGAAACGUAAAACCCUCACAAGACAGUUUCUUUUAUUGUUCUCGCCACACCAAUGUAACCAAUGUUUAUUCAUGUAAGCAUUGCUUGCUCUAGAUAAUGGGAAAACCGAAAGCUGAGCGUGGAAGAAUCGUCAUUUG